UUCAAAUUUUUUGGGAGAAAUAUAGAAUUCCUCUAAUGCAACACUACAAUGCUGUUGUUAAGCUCCUAAAAUUAUUUAACAAAAUGCGAGCAAUUAUCAAAAAAUCUUCUCACGCGGGAGAUAAACAGAAAGAGCAAGAGUCUAGUUUCAUUAAUAAUUUGGAUCGAUUGUUUGACAUUGCUCGACGAAAUGCAUUAAAUUUGAUUAAAAACGAUAAGGAUAAACAGUUCCUUAUUCUGCAAAGGGAAGUUGGAAGGCCUGGAUCUGCCUUUGCGAGAGUUAAAAAAGGCAAAAUCGAAGAAGAACCAACAACGGAACCAGAGCCUUCCUUGGAAUCUCAAUCAGCUACCAGCGUUUUUACUAUUGAUGGAGGAGAUGAGAAACCCUCCACUAGUAGAGCGUUUUCCGAGCGAAGUAAAUCAAAAAUAAUGACUCCUAUACUAGCUGCCACCCUAGACCGUAUUGGACUAAGCGACCGAAAUGCAAUGUAUGUUAUUUCUGCGGUUUUAACAAGUGCUGGACUAAACUUAGGUACUGACAAAGUAGAAAGAUUGCCAGUUUUGGUAUCUUCUGGAGCAAAUGUUCAGCUGCUUGGAGUCCCAAAAUUGUCUUCUGGAACUAAUGAAAGACAGGCAAACGAAGAUUGCAAAUCGAUGAAUACGUCUGCUACAGAGUGUUCCACAUCGCAUUAUAAGCUACGUAAAAAUAGUGCGGGUUUCCAUCGAAUCGGAGUGGACAAGAACGAACGAAUAUUAUUCCAGCAACAGGGUGGAAAUAAUGUGACCACAGACGAACUGAAGCAGAUUGCAGUCAAGCUCAAAAUAGCACAAAUGAAGACUGCGAAUUGUAAUUUCAAUUUUAAGCCGAUUGCAAUAGUCGGUGUAAAUGUGGACAAAUAA